GUCGCUGGGAUCUGACUGACUGGGGAAGCAACCUGGAUGGCUUAUUGGUCCCUCAUUUGGGCAGUGCUCACAAGGGGGGAGGGGUGAAGAGUUCCUCUGAGCAUGGACAGAGUUCCCCCGCGGAGUUGGCGCUGCAGAGGAUCAGUCCAGCCCGUUCAAAGCUGAGGCUGAAAUUAUUAAAAAGGACUCCGUCAGCAUUCAUUCAUCCUCGUCCAUUCAUUCAUUGGCGUUUGUGGACUGAACUGUGAUGGACCAAAAAAUCUUGACUUUAGCAGCGGAAGCAAAAAUAGAGCAGCUUCAGGCAUGCCUGCAGAACUUGAACGAAAAAGAGUUGAGAGAUCUGGUUACAAAGCAGGCCCUGAAAGGGAAAGAAAUCGGUGCCCUUCUGAGAGGACUCUUCAAAGGUUCCCCUUGCUCUCAACAGAAAUCCGUCAGCCGGAGAAUCAGCAUUUACAAACAUGGCGUCCAGCUGGUGGAAUCGGGGGACCUACAUGUGGAAGUAGCAUCUGAGAUUAUAAGGCUGCUGAUGCUGGAGGUCCAUCAGCUUCCAGGCCCUGCAUUGAUUGAUCUGGCCACUUUGUUCAUCGAAGCUGUCCGAGGAGGCAGUCUGCUUAGCGGCAGAUCCUUAGAGCUACUUCCAACAGUACUGACUGCGCUGACUACAUCGAAAGAGAACCUGAUUUACGGCAAAGGCGAGCUGAGUGGAGAAGAGCUUAAGAAGCAGCUGAUCAAUACUCUGUGCUCCAGCAGGUGGAGCCGUCAAUAUGUGAUCCAUCUCACAUCCAUGUUCAGGGACGUUCCACUGAGUGCGGAAGAGCUGCAGUUUGUGGUGGAAAAGGUGCUAAGGAUGUUCCCAGUGCUGGAUCUCCAAGAAAUCCCUCCUUUGGUCUACCAGCUGCUGUUGCUUUCUGCAAAGGGUAGCAAGAAAAACAUUUUGGAAGGAAUAAUCAGCUUUUUCAACCAGGUAGACCAAAAGCAGAAAGAAGAGCAGAAAGAUUCCGAGUCACUGGAGCUUGAAGAAGCUACGGUGCCCUUAGACCAACUCCGGCACGUGGAGGGCACAGUUAUUCUGCACAUUGUGCUGGCUGUUAAUCUGGACCAGGAUUUGGGCAAGGAGCUGCUAAAAUACUUAAAGUCUGAGCAGCUCAGAGAUCCUGGCAGAGCCCUCUCUCUUUUCAGCGUGGCCACUCUUCUCUCAGUGGCCAGAGUACACCGAUUUCAAGAGCAGGUCUUUGACUUUCUGAAAACGUCCAUCAUGAAGGGCUUCAAAGACCUGCAAUUCCUUCAGGGAUCCAGGUUCCUGCAGGAUCUGGCUCCUCUGCGCUACAGCAUAUCUGCCACGGUUUUGGAAGUCGUGACAAACAGUGUGUUUGGUUGGGAUCACGUUACUCAAGGCCUGGUGGAUCUCGGUUUCAUCCUGUUGGACUCCUAUGGGCCAAAGAAAAUGUUUGGAGGCAAAGUCACAGAAAUGACCAAUGGACAUUCCAAGAGCCCAGCCCAGCAGGCGUGCCACCUGGGAGCCAGUAUUCUAUUGGAAGCGUACAAGGUCCAUGAGCCAAUCAGGAGUGAGAUCCUAGAGCAGGUCUUCAACAGAGUCAUCACCAGUGCCGGAUCUCCUAUCAGCCACUUCAUAGAUUUGCUGUCCGGCCUCAUCUCCUACGCUCCCCUCGUCCUUCAGAACUCUUCUUCCAGAAUCACGGAGGCCUUUGAUCAGCUGUCUUUCCUCCCGCUUGCAACAGUGCAGGGCCUUCUGAAGGCUGUGCAGCCCCUGCUCAAAAUAAGCAUGUCCACGAGAGACUCCCUGAUCCUGGUCCUCCGCAAAUCAAUGUUUUCGGGGCAGCUGGAUGCUCGUAAGUCAGCAGUUGCUGGGUUUUUGCUACUGUUGAAGAAUUUCAAGAUUCUGGGUAGCCUGACUUCCUCCUACUGCAGCCAAGCUAUUGGUGCAAGUCAGGUCCAGGUGGAUGUUCACGCCCGCUAUAACUCAGCGGCUAAUGAGGCCUUCUGCCUCGAAAUCCUAGGCAGCCUGAGACGAUGCUUAAGCCAGCAGGCCGAUGUCAGACUCAUGCUCUACGAGGGAUUUUAUGAUGUUCUGCGUAGGAAUUCCCAGCUGACCAACUCGGUUCUGAAGACGCUGCUAUCUCAGAUAAAACAGUAUUAUGAACCCCAACCGGACCUGUUGCCCCCACUAAAACUGGAGGGAUGCAUCUUGGCCCAGCGAGACCAAAUCUUCCUGCAAGAACCAUUGGCUCACCUGCUUUGUUGUGUCCAGCACUGCCUGGCUUGGUAUAAGAACACGUUAGACCUGCGCCAGCAGGCUGAAGAGGAGGAAGAGGAGGAAGAUGAUGAGGAAGAGGCUGGGUUCCAGCAAGAAUUGGGUGAGAUGUUGAGAUCCACCACGAGGCGAAUGAUCAAGAGCGAACUGGAAGAUUUCGAACUGGAUAAGUCAGCAGAUUUUUCUCAGUCCUCCGGAGUGGGCGUGAAGAACAGUAUUUAUGCCCUUUUGGUGAUGGGGGUCUGCGAAGUCUUGAUCGAGUACAAUUUUAGCAUAGGGAAUUUCAGCAAGAGCACGUCUGAAGAUGUUCUGGGCCUGUUCAAAUGCUACUCCCGCCUGAGCGACAUCCUGAAAGAGAAAGGUGGAAAGAGCAAGCCCCCAUCAGCAAAUAAAAUGGCCCGAAGCUUCCUUUCAAUGGCCUUUGUCUCCACCUUGCUCACGAGCCUAUUCAGGGACUGCUCUCAGAGUCAUGAGGAGAGCUUGGCGGUCCUGCGUGCCAGCAACGAGUUCCUGCGCUAUGCCGUCAGCGUGGCCCUGCAGAAGGUCCAGCAGUUGGAGGAAGGGGGACAGACAGACGGCCCGGACGGCCAGAACCAAGAGAAGAUGUUCCAGCACCUUUGCAAAAUCACCAGAGUCCUGCUCUGGAGGUAUACCUCGAUCCCGACUGCCGCUGAAGAAUCCGGGAAGAAGGAGAAAAGCAGGAGCGUCUCACUGCUGUGCUUGGAGGGCUUGCUGCGGAUCUUCAACACGAUGCAGCAUCGCUACCAGCCAAAGCUUCCUCAGUUUCUGCAGGCCUUGGAUCCUGCCAGCGAAGAUGGAGAAGAAGACAUGGCCGAUGUCGAUGUCACUGUGAAAGCUACAUUCCUGAUCCGGCAGUUUCAGAGGUCCCUCGUGAAUCAGCUCAGCCAUGCGGAGGACGAGUUCAACAGCAAGGAAGCCCUUUUGCUGAUCUCGGUUCUCACAACCCUUUCCAAGCUCCUGGAUCCCUCCUCGGAACAGUAUAUGCAGCUGUUAUCUUGGACAGUCAAGAUCUGCAAGGAAACCAGCCUGGAAGACGUGCCUUGCUGCCGAGGGCUUCUCACCCUACUCUUCAGCCUGCACGCUCUCAUCAAGAGUCCUGUCAGCAUCCUGCGUGAGCUGGCCCGGGAUACUCAUGCUCAGCUUGGGGACAUAGACCAGGAUCUUGAAGUGGAGCACCAGCCCCACUUUGCAGUCGUGAACCCCAAGACGGCGGCUCCUACAGCUUGUUUGCUUGUUUUGGGCCAAGCGGAGAAGGUCCUUGAAGAGGUGGAUUGGUUGGUCAAUAAGAUGAAAAGCCGUUUGGGGUCGGAGGCGACAGAAGAUCCCUCCCAAGCCGCUGGUGAAGCGCAGCCGCUGGAAAAGGCCGUCAUCCUUCAGCUGGGGACUUUGCUGACCUCUUACCACGAGCUGGUGCAAACGGCCUUGCCCACUGGGAGCUGCGUGGACGCUUUGCUCAGGAGCGUCACCAAGAUGUACACCACCCUCACCGCCUUGGUCAAAUAUUAUCUCCAAGUGUGCCGCAGCACAACUGAGGGCAUUCCAGCACGGUUGGAAAAACUGGUUAAGCUCUCAGGUUCCCAUUUGACUCCACAAUGUUAUGCCUUUAUUUCAUAUGUACAGAAUGAAACCUCGACAGUUGCGGAAGAGAAGAAAAAGAAGAAAAAGGACAAGCUGACAGCGGAGGUGUCUGCGGUUAUGGCCAAAGUGCUGCGGGAGACCAAACCGAUUCCGAACUUGAUUUUCGCUAUAGAGCAGUACGAGAAUUUCCUGAUCCACCUCUCCAAAAAGUCAAAGGUCAACCUGAUGCAGUACAUGAAACUGAGCACUUCCAGAGACUUCCGCAUCAACGUGUCUACCCUAGAGAGCGCCCUGGAGGAGCGGGAUGCCGAAAAGGAGUCGGACGAUGACCAGAGCAGUGCAUCAGCCCAGCCUCAGGACAGCCAGGAGCCCCAAAAGAAGAGAAGACGAAAGAAAUAAGCGCUGACCUAUUUAUGCCAACUGGGCUUCGUGGACAAAGAACGUCUCUCUUUAACUCCUGCUAUUCUGUCAUGGUCUGUUGGAAGGAACCUGCUCGUCACACUCAAGUCCCCGAAUGCAAAUCUCCCAGGAGCCUGCUGAAGGGCGGCCCGUGCGUAUCCGGGGGGGGCAGCUUAUCGCCAGAGGUCCAUUCUGUCGCCAUCAAUCCUUGCUGGGUCUGUCACGCUCCCUUCAUAAUCAAGGCCAGGCUGUUCAGGAGGAGCCGUUUGUCGAGAAGCUGCCUUCCGCGAAGAUUCCCAAGUUUGAGGUCUUUGCAGUUUCAAAGCCUAUUUUCCUUUCUCCAGUGAGCCUUUGGUUAUUGCGAGAAGUUGAUAGAUAUCCAGAGCAUCGCCUGUAAGAAAGAGCAGAGAGCGUUCAAUACUUCACAUCCACAUGUAAUGCUCAAUAUGCCACCAAACCGAUGUGUUUUUUGUCGGACGGGUGGUCUACUGUAUAUAGUCCUUGUUACUCAUGUUAUCUAUUCAGAAGCUCCUGACAAAAUGUUGAGGGACCCCACUGAUGUUCCCAAAGCCAGGACCUAUUAAUUCUUCCUUUCCUAAAAUGCAUUUUGCUUUAGUGUAAAAGAGAUCUGGGGGGACCUUAAUUUAAUAAAAUACAUGAACCGUUCCAGUUAUGGUUUUCUUCCCCGGCUCUCAUAAUGAGGACACGCACGCUGUUGCGUCUCAGGAAAUAAUGAACAAGCCUUCACUGGAAGUUGUUUAGACACCCAUUAAUCCCCUUCAAUUAAAGAAGCAAUUAUGUCAAGUGCCGAGCAUAAUUGCCGCUUGUGUGACAGGAUUUCGUCCUGAAGAGUCUGCGUCGCUCUGACGUGACACCACAGCAAAGAAUUGUCAGCAGGCGGGUAAUGAGUCCCAUCAGUUGUUAAAACCAGAUGUUGCCAAGAGGGCUAUGUAAGCCAGGGGUGGCCAACCUAUGGGGUUCCAGAUGUUCGUGGACUAUAAUACCCAUCAGCCCCUGCCAGCAUGGUCAAUUGGCCAUGCUGGCAGGGGCUGAUGGGAAUUGUAGUCCAUGAACAUCUGGAACCCCAUAGGUUGACCACCCCAGGACAGGAAAUAUGGGAACAAUUAAGCAAAUGGACCCCAUCCCCUUUUGCAACAAGUGAAACCCAGUGAGUAGGACUCAUGUCUUUCCCUAAAUGCAGACAAGGUUUCCAAUGUUUCAAGGUAGUUUAUUUCCCAAAGGUGGGGAGCCCACACACUCAAAGAAGGACAGGAUUGUUAAAGGUAUUCAUGGGCACAAUCAACUGGGUUUUGUGGCUUUUCCAGGCUGUGUGGCCGUGGUCUGGUAGUUUUCGCUCCGAAUGUUUUGUCCAUAUCUAUGGGUGGCAUCUUCAAAGGCAUGUCACAGCGAGAUGCGUUUCUCUGCAUGGCACAGUGUGGAAUGAUUGUGUGGUGGGCUGUAUGUUUGGUCCACUUCACAGGUGGGAGGGGGUGCAUUUGCCCUGUGUCCAGGUGGAGUUUAGCUGCACUUGCAGUAACAUCUCCAAUCACGUUUGCAACUGAAUUAGUAUAAGUCAACUGCAAAUUAAUUCCUUGGGACCUAUUGUAACGCCACUGCAGGUGCAAAUCCAAGGUGAUCUCCACCCAGACACGUGCAAGGUGAACAGAACAUAUAACCCACCAUACAGUCACUCCACACAAUGCUACAGAGAGAAACAUAUCUGACCAUGACAUGCCUCUGAAGAUGCCAGCCAAAAUGUGAAGAGCCAAAAUUACCAGAUCAUGGCCACAAAGCCUGGAAAACCCAGACAGCUGAGUGUAGGAUCCCCAUAUUCGUUACCUUCUUUGGAUGACAAACCAAACCCGAUUUGAAGGCAGAAGGAGGAGACAGUGAAUCAGCGUAACUUCCAAGCAGGCCUUAAAAAAAACAGGGUAACUAGAAGGCUGACACUUUUCCUGUUAAAGUUUUCUCCUUGAAAAUUUGUAUUAAACACAUCUUAAUGGAA